CAACAAGUUUCUUAUUUAUAUAAAUAAUACUAUUCUCUAUUCAAUAAAUCGCUAUGUCUUUUAAAACCAAAGAUGUAACUCUUUCCGAAGACCGACCAAAAGCGUUGCUUUUGCAAAAACAUUCAGAUUACUUAGCCAGUUAUGGUUUGAAUAAAGAAGAUUAUGAGUUCUGCAUGACGGAAUACCUGCGAAUGUCUGGCAUUUACUGGAGUCUUACUGCUAUGGAACUGAUGGCCCAAUCAUCAAGAAUGCCCAAAGAUGAUAUAAUAUCAUUCAUAGCAUCCUGCCAGGACAGUGAGAGUGGAGGCAUAUCGGCAAGCAAUGGCCAUGACCCCCACAUGUUGUAUACGCUAAGUGCUGUUCAGGUUCUAGCUAUGUAUGACAAAUUGGACGCCAUAGAUGUUGAAGGAGUGGUCAGAUAUGUAUCUUCAUUGCAGCAAGAAGAUGGCAGCUUCUUUGGUGACAUAUGGGGUGAAGUAGACACAAGGUUCUCAUUCUGCGCUGUAAUGUGCUUAUCUCUGCUGCAUCGACUGGAUGCCAUUGAUGUCAACAAAGCUAUUGAUUUUGUGUUGAGUUGUAUGAACUUUGAUGGCGGGUUUGGAUCCAAGCCAGGCUCUGAGAGUCAUGCGGGGUUAAUAUACUGCUGCGUGGGUACACUGUCGAUAUGCAAGCGCAUGGACGCGCUUAAGGCAGAUGAGCUUGCUUGGUGGUUAUGCGAGCGACAGUUGCCCAGCGGUGGGCUUAACGGCAGACCAGAGAAGCUACCUGACUUGUGCUAUUCAUGGUGGGUAAUGUCAUCACUAUCAAUGCUAAACAGAAUAGAUUGGGUGGACAAGAAAAAUCUUGAACAAUACAUUCUAGCCUGCCAAGACGCAGAAACAGGAGGCUUCAGUGAUCGACCAGGGGACAUAACUGACCCCUUCCAUACUUUAUUUGGCUUGGCCGGCCUUUCCUUACUUGGCAAUACCACUAUAAAGCGGGUGAAUCCCACAUACUGUAUGCCUCAAGAAACCAUAGAUAGAUUGAAAUUGGAACCACAGAUUCUAGAAAUUUAAGAAUAAUAAUAUUUUUUAAAUAGGCACAUGUUAAAUCUAAUGUUAUCUUUUAUUCGUAUAAAUUACGACAGAAUUAAAUCAGAUGUUUAAAUAAUAAUACAGUACAGUUGCUUAUACGAAGUUAAUUGGGAUAAAA